UUUUUAAAUUCCAACAACUGGUCAAUUUUUAGAUUUGGAUAAAAUACAGUUCUCAUAGCUUUAUCAAAUUUUACAUGAUAGUGGUUAUCUAAUAUCUUGUUGAUUUAUACUUUUCUAUAAGAAGGGUCAUCAAUCCUCACAUUCUCCACAGUCCACACGCAGACACAAAAAAAGUUAAACCAUGGCUGCACAAAGCUUCAAUGUUCUUUGUACUCUUUCCCUCGUUAUUAUUUAUUUUUUACCUAUUUGUUUAGCAUUUGGGGGUGAUCUUAAGCCGCAAGGAGACCCACCUUCUAUAGUUUGUGAUCCUCACGAAUGGGAAGCGAGAAAUGUGAACAUGUCUGACAUAGGAUAUUGCGACACAAGUCUUCCAUAUGAAGUUAGAGCUAAAGACUUGGUGGAUAGAAUGAAUUUAACAGAGAAGGUGCGUUGGAUGGGAGACAACGUUUCUAGGCCUAUACCAAGAUUGAGGUUGCCCAAAUAUCAAUGGUGGUCUGAAGCUUUGCAUGGUGUCGCACAUGUCGGCCGCGGCACGUUCUUUACGGAGCUUGUUCCUGGUGCAACAAGCUUUCCCACCGUUAUCCACACAACUGCAUCCUUUAAUAAGUCGCUUUGGAAUGCCAUUGGAAAGGUCGUUUCAACAGAAGCAAGGGCAAUGUACAAUCUGGGGCAAGGUGGGUUAACCUAUUGGAGUCCAAACAUAAAUCCCGUAAGGGACCCUAGAUGGGGAAGGAUCACCGAGACGUCUGGAGAAGAUCCUUUCGUGGUCGGUGUGUAUGGCGUUAAUUAUGUAAGAGGUUUGCAAGAUAUUGAAGGACAAGAACAUACAGCAGAUCCUGGCUCUAGACCUCUUAAGGUUUCUGCAUGUUGCAAACAUUUCGCUGCUUAUGAUCUUGAUAACUGGAACAAAGUUAAUCGACAGACAUUCGAUGCAGAGGUGACGGAGCAAGAUAUGGUGGAAACUUUUCUUCGUCCAUUUGAAAUGUGUGUUAGAGAUGGUGAUGUGAGCAGCGUAAUGUGCUCUUUCAAUAAAGUCAACAAAAUUCCAACUUGCGCUGAUCCCUUUCUUUUAAAACAAACAUUCAGAGAAGAUUGGAAACUCAACGGAUAUAUAGUUGCAGAUUGUGAUUCCAUUGAAGUGAUACACAACGAUAAAAAAAUGAAUUGGCUCGGUGAUACACCGGAAGAUGCCGUGGCACAGACACUAAAAGCAGGUUUAGAUCUGGAUUGUGGAACCACUUACCCUGACGCUCUUGAAAAGUCUGUCAGGCAAGGAAAAGUUAAUGAGGCAGAUGUUGAUACAUCUUUAAAGAACCUCUUUGUGGUACUAAUGAGGCUUGGAUUCUUCGAUGGAAGUCCAUCUUUAAAGUCUGGAAAGAAAGAUAUAUGCACCAAAGAACACGUUGAAUUGGCAGUGCAAGCAGCUAGGGAAGGAAUUGUACUUCUCAACAAUGUUGAUGAAACUUUGCCAUUGAACCCUGAUGCGUUUAAGACCCUGGCAAUAAUCGGGCCACUAGCCAAUGCUACGAAACAAAUGCUCGGAAAUUAUGAAGGUAACCCUUGCCGAUUUGUUUCUCCACUUUCGGGCUUUUCUGCCUUUGGACAAGUGAUAUACGCUGAGGGAUGUCCUGGCCUAAAUUGCCCGAAUGAUACAAAGAUCUCGGAAGCCAUCGAAGCUGCUAAACAAGCAGAUGCUACUAUACUUGUGGUCGGUACAGAUAUAUCAAUUGAGAGAGAGGAUCAUGAUAGAAAUGAUCUCCUCCUUCCUGGUUUGCAACAGGAAUUGGUCGAAGAAGUUGCUAAUGCCUCCAAAGGUCCAGUAAUUCUUGUAGUGAUGACUGCAGGUGGGGUUGAUAUCUCAUUCGCUAAGGAUAAUAAUAAAAUCAAAGGAAUCUUGUGGGUUGGACAUCCUGGUCAGGAAGGUGGUCGUGCCAUUGCAGAUGUUGUCUUUGGAGAAUACAAUCCUGGAGGAAGACUACCCCUUACAUGGUAUACAGCUGAUUAUGUGGAUAAGCUACCCAUGACAUCCAUGCAAUUACGUCCAGUCGAGGAAAAAGGUUACCCUGGAAGAACAUACAAAUUCUUCAAUGGUUCAACGGUAUAUCCUUUUGCAUAUGGACUAAGCUACACAACCUUUAACUACAAGGUGACGACACCGACAAAUGUAUCUAUCCCUAUUAAACUGAAUACUACCCAGCACUGUCACGAGUUGGAAUUGACAGACACAUCUGUCCAGCAACCAUGCCCUUCUGUUGCAGUUAAUGAUUUAACUUGUGAAGAUAAAAUAGCCUUUGAGGUUGAAGUCCAGAAUACCGGCGACAAAGAUGGUAGUGAAGUGGUGAUUGUGUACUCAAAGCCUCCGGAUGGAAUUGUCGGAAAUCCUUUUCAGCAGGUUGUUGGAUUUGAAAGAGUUUUUGUUGCUGCUAAACAGAGUCAAAAGGUUAACUUUGAGCUCAAUGUGUGCAAGAGCUUGAACAUUGUCGAUAGCAGUGGUUACAAAGUUUUGCCAACUGGGUUGCAUAAAAUUAUGUUGGGAACAUCAUCUGAACAAAUUGAUGUAAAUGUUAGCUUUGCUAGUUAGAUAAGUAGCAGAUUUGUUGAUUCACUUUAGGAAUCAAGUUGUUUAUCGGUCGGUUUUUAGGAACUUAGGAUUAAGUUCAGUUAUUUUUUGUUUAGUGCUGUUCUUUUGUAUUUUACUCUGUACCGAAAUAAGUGUCACCAUAAUCAUCUGAAUGGAUUAACA